UUGAAGAAUAUUUUGCUGAAAAACAAAUUGUCAACUUGAUACAACUUGAGAAUAAAGAAGAAAUUAACAAUAAUAAUGGUUCAGAUAAAGAAAUAUCUCCAGUAUCAAUAAAGAGGCAAUUAGUGAUUAAGAAACAUUUGUUAUCUAUUUCAACAGUAAAUUAA